AUGACUGCCAUCCAGAUUGAAACAACUGCUGUUCAGCAUGAAGCUAUUUUCCAACCUGAAACAACAACAUUUGCCUCGCAACUUGUUGAAGAACCGGUCGCGAACACAUCGAGCGAUCCUGGACCUAGCGGUAGUUUUGAAGGACUAGUCGUGAGUACAUUGAGUAAUCCUGGACCCAGCGUCGUGGCUGCCGAAAUGAAGAAUGUAGCUGUCGAUGACGUGACGUCAAGUAGACGUGUUUUAGUGAAUAGUUUUCCUGUUAAAUGGAUUGUGUCAGUAAACAUUAAUGAAAUUGUGAGUUCCUGCCACCAAGGAUAA